AUGGUGAGAGAUGGGUACUCGGCUCGAAGAGACGGCCCACCACGGCCGGGCCGGAAGGACGAGCAGCCGCCGAGCAUUGGUGCGACCCCUGCGCUGGAGGCCUUCCGUGCCGCAGCCCUCGGCCCUGCAGCACAGCCCUCGAGCGGAGAAGAUCGCCGGCUGACCUCCCUGGAGAUGUACACCCAGAAUCAGGUGUCUGAGUUGAUCUACCAGCAGCUCCUGGCCAAGAAGGAGCACAGCGGCAUCGAUGCUUGGUAUCAGGAGUACGUCAGUGAGGCAUGGCAAAAGCGGAACAAUCUCCAGAAGGCGGACAUCGAGAGGCAAGCCAAGUCCUGUGGCGAGAACACGCCCAUGUGGGUGGAGGCACUCUCGGCCGGCAUGGAGCUUGCUGCUGAGGUCUUCGAGGCGGACAAGGCCGAGCAGCUGCGCACCGAGGUGUCCCGAGAUGUGGUGCUGGAGCUCUUGGAGUCGUUAUCUUCCAAGCUCUGCAUCUCCCACUACGCCCGCUGCGGCCUCGGACAGAUUGGCAUCAGAGCGCUAGUUGCUGUGCUGUGGCACUUUGACACCGAUGCAGAGGUGGCUGGCCUUUGUGCUGACUCUUUGCGGUGGGCCAUCGCAGAGAAUGAGCAGAAUCGCAACAUCCUGCUGGAUCUUCGCAUAACAGAGCCUGCCGGAGAGAAAAAGGGAUCCCUGAGCUUCUCGCGAGUGGCCAUGGGCGCAUUCCUGUUCCAAGCUGGUGGGAAGAUGAGAUCCAGGGAGGGCACUACAGCCACCGAGGUGCUGCGGGAUCCUGCCGUGGCGGUGAAACUGGCAGCUUGCCUCCUGGCCGCCGGAGACGCGUGGCUCAAGUUGCCGCAGACUGGGGAGCUCAGCAAGGAGCAGCUAGAGCUCCGAGAGCUCGUGCCGGAAGUGUUGCAGUCCGCUUCGGCGCUCUCCGACACGCUGAAGGGGAACCAGGUUCUGGCGGACUUUCAGCAGCGUCUGAAGCGAUAG